AUGAGGGAACCGAUUCUGAUCGAUUGCGGCGCUUCUUCCUCCUCCGUAAUCGGGGGUCGACAAUGGCAAUCCGACGAUAAUUUCGUCUCUAGCGGAACACCGAAGAAAAUCUCCGAUCAAGUUGUCGACGAAAUCUUAUUCACCGUCAGAUCCUUCCCUCUUAACCUCGAUCGGAAGUUUUGUUACGUGAUGAGCGUUUCUCGUGGAUGGAAAUACAUAAUCAGGACGACUUAUUACUACGGCGGAGUUAACGGAAAAGAUACUCUGCCGCCUGUAUUCGAUCAGAUUGUCGACGGGAGUUUCUGGAGUGUCGUCAAUACAACCGCCGAUUACGCCGAUGGUCUCGCUUCUUAUUACGAAGGGGUUUUUCUUGCUCAGGGGAAAUCAAUUAGCGUAUGUAUUGCUUCCAAUUCUUAUACAAGUUCUGAUCCGUUUAUCUCAGCCUUGGAACUCGUUAGGCUCGAUGGUACUCUUUACAAUUCCACAGAUUUCAACAGUUUCGGGCUUAGUCUUGUUGCUAGGCAUGCUUUUGGAUACAGUGGACCUAUCAUCAGGUUUCCGGAUGAUCAGUUCGAUAGGUUUUGGGAGCCGUAUUCGCUAAACUCGACAGUACCGAACAAUAGGAAGCUAGAGGUUUCUGGUUUCUGGAACCUUCCACCUUCGAGGAUAUUCAAUACUGAUCUAAGAGCUACAUCGGUUCAGCCUUUGGAGUUUACAUGGCCUCCAAUGCCUUUAACAAAGGCAAUUUAUUAUAUUGCGUUAUACUUUGCCCAUGAUUCUGAUUCGUUGGGGGAUGGAUCGAGAGUUUUCGAUGUAUCUAUCAAUGGUAUAACGUAUUAUAGAGAGUUGUCUGUUACUCCAGCUGGUGCGGUUAUCUUUGCGAGCAAGUGGCCUCUUGAAGGUCUCACAACGUUAACUCUAAGUCCUAGAAGUGGUUCAAACCUUCCUCCUCUUAUCAAUGGUGGUGAAAUGUUUCAGUUGAUACCUCUUGGAGGGAAAACUCUAGUUCGAGAUGUAACUGCUCUGAAUGCAAUUAAAAGCAGUUUCGAGAACGCUCCAGUUGAUUGGAAUGGUGAUCCUUGUAUGCCUAAAAAUUACUCGUGGUCUGGAGUUACCUGCUCUGAAGGCCCCCGAAUUCGCGUGGUCGCUUUGAACUUAACUAAUAUGGCCCUUUCGGGUUCGCUAGCACCUGAAGUUUCCAAAUUAACAGCAUUGUCCUCCAUUUGGCUGGGAAACAAUUCUCUGUCGGGAAGCAUACCUGACUUCAGUUCGCUCAAAUUGCUUGAAUCAGUGCACUUGGAAGACAACCGUUUCAGUGGAAAUAUUCCUCCAUUUUUCGGUGGAGUACCACACUUGCGAGAGCUGUUCUUACAAAACAAUAACCUAACUGGCCAAGUUCCUAGCAAUCUUCUUCAGAAACCAGGAUUGGACCUAAGGACAUCUGGUAAUCCCUUUUUGACUCAACCGCCACGUUGA